GUGGUAUGCUAACGGGGCUGCACUCUCAUAUGGUGUUUUACGGUAGCAUAGAAGAAGUACUGGCAUCACAGUUACCUUAUUCAACCCGCGCUCACAUCUGGAUACAUUCUUGAAGGUGUCUGAUCCUUCCAGCGUGCACUAUUUUGCAGUAAGAGUUGUCUCUCUGUUGCAGUCAUGCCGAUAUUCGUUGUGAACACAAAUGUGGCCAAGGACGCGGUUCCUGCUGAGCUGCUCUCGGAGGCCACGCAGCAGCUCGCCAAAGCGAUGGGCAAACCCGCGCAGUACAUCGCCAUACACAUCAUCCCGGAUCAGAUGAUGAUGUUUGGGGGCAAAGGGGAUCCGUGCGCACUCUGCUCUCUCACCAGCAUCGGAAAGAUUGGGGGGGCACAAAAUAAGCAAUACUCCAAACUUCUAAUGGGACUGCUCAACAAACACCUUGGAAUUUCACCUGACAGGAUCUAUAACUUUGUUGAUAUGGAUGCAGCCAAUGUGGCUUGGAACAGUAGCACCUUUGGAUAAAGAAUAUGGAUUUAUGGCCUGAUAUAAGGCUGCAGUUUCGAUUCCAGCUCUAUUCAGAGAAAAGCUUUUGGAAGAAUAAUGCUCUCAGUCGAUUAAGUCUCAACACACAGCACUUACUGCUUACAGCAGACAAUAUCUUGCUUUGCAAUAAAGUUUUUUCUUUAAACUA